AUGGAAAAGUGGACCAAGAACUUUGUUUGGAAGUUGGUGGAGAAGUUUUGCUCCCUUAUAGCAUCGUCUCCCACAUUGGAAGAUCAGCUUUGUUCCUUUACUUGUUUGGAGUUCGGAAUGCUGCUUGUAGAUUCGGGUUGGUACACCGAAGCCGUCGUUUUGUUGAGAGAAUUGAGAAUACAGUCCAAAGACCAACCAGUUCAUGAGUUGUGUAUCCUGCGUACGCUGCUUCUAGCGGAAAGUCUCUCCAGUCGUCACGAGGCAUCCAAGCAGACAAUUCGCGAUAUAAAAAUACUGCUACCGCAAACAGAGAAUAUCCCGUCGAGUACGUUGGCUGAUGUCCACAGCGCCAUCGCGGUAAGUCUUUUCGAACAGUGCGAAUUCGAAGCAAGUUAUCAGCAGGGAUUGUCGGUGCUGGAGCUGCUAACGGACUACAGCGAUCAUGAAGUCAUAGUUUCGGCAUUACGACAGUUGGCUAAAGUCUGUCUCGCUCGUAGACAACUGAGACGAGCUAAACUUUUAAUAACCCAGGCAGUCAGCUGGGCGUCGCACAAUUUUGGACCGAUGAGUAUUACUUACGCAAGGGCACUAGAAGAUUAUGCCUUUUGCUUGUUGACGAUGAGAGCAUACGGCGACUGUAUAAUGGUUCAUUCGGAAGCCAAAGAUAUCUAUUGUAAUGCUUACGGAUGCUUUAGCUUGCACCCGGAUUUGGCAAUGGGGAAUCUGGCGUUCUGGUUGUACCUCGAAAGCCGGCAGUACCCAGAAUUCGGUUCAAUUGAAACCUAUCUGCAGUUUGUGGUUGACUUGGAUGCAAAAGUCAAGUCGGAAGUAGAGCACCCCGAAGAAAGACAAGCGGUGGCUUGCAGACGUAUUCGGCUACUAACAACUGUAGAAAGAUUGGCACAGCAAGGGGACGUUGUCAAAUCGGAUCGUAGAGUGAAAGUUCAACCGCAGCACAGUAUUGCAGUUAUAAAAAGAUUAUUUUCUAAAUUUCCCGAUUGUGAUUAG